AGAAGAAGAAGAAGAAGAAGAAGAAGAAGAAGAAGAAGAAGAAGAAUUGGGACAUUGGUAGGCCAAUAACCUACAAGAUAUGUCCACGUAAAGCACUCAAACAACGUCUCGCUACGUCAGAUACAUACCAUACAGUGGGUUGCAGUUUUCUGCAUCACUGUGAAAAAGUGGAGGGGCUCUCGCGUGGUUUGAACCUGAUUAUGCAGACGGGGCACCCGUACCAGCAGUGGGCGGGGAUACUGUAACGAUCAGGCUUGCUUGAAUUCUACAGAAUUGAAGAGGUAAAGGAUUACAGCGGGCACCAGCUUUGACAAUGAGGAGGAUGCAGCUGCUGCAUUAGCACUGCUGUUACUGCCUCUGCACGCUGAGAUUCCGUUGCAACUAACAUCGAGACACUGAAACAGUAUUCGUCUGCAAGGAUACCAUUUCUGUUUGACAACUAGGCUGAGUCUGUAGCUUGGAAAAUGAAGGUCCAUCCCCUGGUGUUUGCCGUGUAUCUGCUGUGAUGCGAGGGUCCAGCUGCAGGAUGAACAUUGCUGCUGUGUUGAACGGGCUGCUGGUGUCCGUUCUGGCCGCGGUGCUGUGGAAGUAUGCCAAGCUACAAGAGCAUACCUAUUCAGUGGAGGAGGAGCUGCUCCUGACGCAGCAGUCCCAGGAGCUGUCUCAGGUCCGCAUCGACUACCACGCCGCCCUGCAGUCCCUCCAGGAGGAGGGAACCCGCAUGGUGUGCACGGGCAAGAUGCACACUGACCGUAUCUGCCGCUUCGACUACCUCUGCUACUCCACCGAGGCUGAAGAGUUUGUCUUUUUCCACAGCAACUCCUCAGUCAUGCUGCCCAACCUGGGAUCAAGGAGGUUCCAGCCUGCCCUCCUCGACCUCUCCUCCGUAGAGGACCACAACACCCAGUACUUUAACUUCCUGGAGCUGCCUGCGGCUGCCCUCAAGUUCAUGCCCAAGCCCGUGUUUGUGCCAGAUGUGACUCUUAUCCUGAACCGAUUCAACCCGGACAACCUAAUGCAUAUUUUUCAUGAUGACCUUCUCCCUAUUUACUACACCAUGCUGCUGUACCCUGAUCUGGACCAGGAUGCCCGCUUGGUCUUCAUGGAAGGCUGGAAUGAGGGUAUGCACUUUGACCUCUACCGUUUAAUGAGCAAUAAGCAGCCCCUUCUGAAAGAGCAGCUGAAGAACUUUGGCAAGCUCCUGUGCUUCACCAAAUCGUAUGUGGGGUUAUCUAAAAUGACCACCUGGUACCAGUAUGGUUUUGUCCAACCCCAGGGCGCCAAAGCCAACAUACUGGUGUCGGGUAUGGAAAUCAGACAGUUCACCAGGUUCAUGAUGGAGAAACUGAAUGUGAGCAUGGAAGAAAGCUCCAGUGGCGAAGAGUACAUUGUAGUUUUCAGUCGUACAAUAAAUAGGCUGAUUCUUAAUGAAGCAGAGCUUAUUUUAGGCCUUGCACAGGAGUUCCAGAUGAAGACAGUCACUGUUUCUUUGGAUGACCAUUCCUUUGCAGAUAUCGUGCAGAUCAUCAGCAGGGCAUCCAUGUUAGUCAGCAUGCACGGGGCCCAGCUUGUUACAUCAGUCUUCCUGCCUAGAGGAGCUCUAGUUGUUGAGCUUUUCCCAUAUGCUGUUAACCCAGACCACUACACCCCAUACAAAACUCUGGCCUCUUUGCCUGGCAUUGACCUGCAGUACGUUGCCUGGCAGAACACCAAUGAAGAGAAUUCGAUGGCUUUUCCGGAUAGACCCUGGGAUCAAGGUGGCAUAGCCCACCUGGAGAAAGCCGAGCAGGAGCGCAUUAUGAAAAGCAAGGAAGUCCCUCAGCACCUGUGUUGCCGCAACCCAGAAUGGCUUUUCCGCAUCUAUCAGGACACAAAAGUAGAUAUCCCCUCGCUUAUUGAAGCCAUUAGGCAGACGGUUAAGACCAAGCUGAACCUGAAGAAGGUGAAGCCAGCAAUUGUUAUCCACCCUGGCAAAGUGAGGGAUCCCAAAUGCCAGGCAUCCGUCCAGGGCACCAGUGAAGCCAGACUGACUGUUUCCUGGCAGAUUCCCUGGAACCUGAAGUACCUGAAGGUCCGGGAAGUGAAAUACGAAGUGUGGAUACAAGAACAAGGGGAGAACACAUACAUGCCUUAUAUCCUGCCACACCAGAACUACACCUUUUCAGAGAACAUCAAGCCUUUCACCACAUACCUAGUAUGGAUACGUUGCUUUUUCAACAAAACCCUUCUGGGACCCUUUGCAGACGUGUUGGUCUGCAGAACAUAAGUUUAAAUACAGCUGCGGUCAUGUAAGGGUUAUAUCAUGACUUGUUCCAGGCAACCGUUGCCUCUGAAAGGUUUGAAAGGGACUUGAUCGAAAGCUCUUUAUGAUUACUAAAGUCUGAAUUUGUCUUUCAGCAGUGAUCUCAAACCAUUUGUUUUAUGGAUCAGACAAAGGCACCCCAGUACACGUUGGACAGCAUCUAACCACCAGCCAGCAAUAUAGACAAAGAUCCAAGUCAAUUAGGGAAUGUAGUUAUUGGUAUGUAUGAUUUCUGUUUUCUGGUGUCCAUGUGAUCUAUUCAUUAAGUGAUACCAAAAAAAAAAAAAAACUUUCUAGAAAGGAAACAAAUUGGACAGCUGUACAUAGUGUAUGAUUUGGUAGUUUUUUUUUCAUGAAAAUGCUACAAAAUUGAUCCUGAAGUGUAAUUAAAAGGUGGUGUUUCAUAAAUAUGAAUUUCCUUCCUGAAAAGGAGUGUUUAAAAAAAUGUUAUAUUAAAAAAAAAGCAAAGACUUCCAUGUAUGUGUGUGUGCAGGUGAUUGGAUUUAGUGUAAUACAGAUAUUUUGUAAAGCAGUUUGCAGUGCAGUAGGAUUUUAUAUUUGGAUUACAAUGGGAUUAUCAUUGUGUAGUGAUUUAGGUGUAUGAUUUUCUCAUCAUGGUGCCAACCCACACAUGUAUUACUGUAAAGAGAAGGUGGGGAAAAAUGUAAUUGUGUAAUUUGUUUCAACAAUUAAUCUCAUCAAGUUUUAAUACUACAUUAACCCAGUGUCCAAUAUAUUUGACAUUGAGAAAAUGGGCAUUAAAUAGGUGUGGGAACAUACCCAGGGUGGAAAAGGGUUAAAAGCCAACGUGGUAGAAGAAAACCCAAUGUGUGUUCUUAAAAGCAGCAGCGACUUGAGAAGUUGAGCAGUACACCUUCUUUAAGCAGAAUUAACUGCAGAGCUGGUGUUUCUGCAACCCUUGCUGUUGUUAUUCUAAAGAAAACAAACAUGAUUUUGUCUUAUUACACAGUCGAGUGUAUGUAGGUUCUGUUUUUUUUUAUUUUAUUUACUCUGUAAUUACAAUGCUAUUUUCACAGAUUAAUAGCAUUCAGCACAAACUUAAUUGUCUUUGACUACUACACUGAAGUUGAGAACAUAUCCAGGGAAUUAUUAGAAAGAUGCACAGUCUGCCUACUCGCUCCUGUUAUAAAAGCCUUGGUAGUACUCACUGAAGAAAGACUAGAUUCAGAGAGUGUUGCACGUUGGGUACACUGUGCUGGAGUGAGCACACAAAGCAGUGAGCAGCACAAACUUUAAACCAGAGACUUCUUUUGGUGGGUGCGAUAGAGAUAAAAGCAGGGAUACAAUCUGGAGAGGGUUGACCAUGGUACUUAAGCUAAUUCAAGGUGAUAUAUGGCUUUUGAAUAGCACUGCUUAAGUCAUGAAGGUUCCUCUUGUCAUUUUGAAUUUAAAAGAUAACCUCUCGUAGCAGCAAUCAUGAUUGUGGAACUGCUUUUUUUCAGAGCUGUUAGAAGUUUAAAUGGCUAGCUUACACCUGCCUUUGGAGGUUACAUAAGAAUGUACCCCUCCGCCAUGCUAAGUUAAAAACCUAUUUGUUGUUUUUUGAGGGUUUUUUUAAAAUAACAUUGAAAAUCCUUGUAACUAACUAAUAAAUAACUUGGGCGGUUCAUUUAAGGAUUUGAGGCUUAUACCAGAUACAGACAGAUUUCUACCCCGAAACUGAUUUUUUAAAAUUAUUAUUUAUCCCUAAAUUUGAUGAAGAAAUAUACUGUAGCUAUUUCAUUGUUGUAUCCUAUCAGUAAUGUUGUGUUGGUUAAUAAUUGUAUAAAAUAUAUUUUAAAGUGAUUACAUUUUUAGUGAGUUAAUGAAAUUAAAGUAUAAUUACAAUGUUAAACAAAGCAUUUAAAAUAAUAAUAAUAAUAAUAAUAAUAAUAAUAAUACAAAUUCUUCAAAACCGAAAAACAUAAGUGGCUUAAUGAAAGCUAAAUUAGCAUGCAAGUUAGUGACUCCUGAAAGCAGUAGUGUGUUGAACUUAACUAAUUGUGAAGUGUUCACUGCACUGCCAUUUUCUAUUUUCCUGUUUAUAAGAAAAUAAUCUUUGUUUAAUUUUAAACACUGAUGCAUCCCCAUGCAUAGUAAAAUAAAAACCUGUGGUUUUAGAUAGGCAUUGGUAUCAUGAAAAACUAGGCACAGUUAUACUAAGAAGUGAUGUCACUGAAAUAAGACGAUGCAGUCUUUGCUUGGUUCACAGAUUUUUAUUUAAAUUUCCAUUUGUUGGUUUAACUGUGGAACUGAGCAUGGUGUGAAGUCAACUGUUUUAACUGAAUGAAUACAGUAUUAUCUAGCUGAAAGUGACCCUUUUAUAAGACAGAAAAUCAAACUCAAAACCAUUACAUUUUAGUGACGAAAGUAGUUGUAUGUAGUGUGAGUUUUGCAGAACUAGUUUGAACACUACCCACCAAGUAGUAUUGGGACAUCCUUGGUACUUGCUGGAAGGUGAUGUGUCUUCAUCCCCAGAGUGGGGUGACAACGGUGAGUGAAUGAUUUCCUUGUUCUAUUUUAAAUACCAUUUUGUAAAGCCUAAAAUUGAAAGACAGACAUUUGUGCUUUUGUUCUGCAUUAGCCAGCCAUAAAAGUAAAUGUAUUUUUCAAACAAAGUAUUUUGCUUAACAUUUAAUCGAAUAUGUUUUAUGCAUAGAUUUUCUGUUUAAAAAAAAAAAAAAAGUUCAUCAUUUAUAGUGAUCUGAUAGUGAAAAAAAUUAGUAAAUAGUUUUAAACUAUUAAACAUAGAUAAGGGUUCCUCAACUUAAUAGCUUAGCCUCAGAAUUUCUGUGUGUGUGUUUUUGAAUUCUAGAUUAUGACGAGAGGAAAUCUUUUGUUUCAUUGGUGUUGGUAAUGUAUUACAUUUUUUAUUAAGAUGAACAAGUCCCAAAGAAUGUGAAUAUUAUUUUUUGUUUGUUUUAAUGCUGUUUUAUAUACUUGUGUUUCUAUAGUAACACACUAGUAAUAUGGGCUUUUUGUGGUUGGUACUUGAGAACAUGACCCAUUAAAACAUAUAGUAAUUUAUAUUCAUCUUACAUAAACGUAAUAUGCCGUGAAGUAUUAUUGCAUUCUGAGAUAACCAUGCCAUAUUGUUGUCUGCGUUGUGUUGAUUGGUUCCUAAUACUUUCCCAAAUCGAGGAAGAUUCAUAAGAUGAUUGACGUUGACGUUAGAAUGAGCACACGAUUAUGAUUAAGAUGCUUUAUUUAGUUUAUGUUAAGAUGCAAUUCUGGGUGCAAAUAAACAACCCAUAUUUAAAUUAAUACACAGCUGAAUCAUAGUUAACCAUCUACCUCCCAGUGCUGGUUAGUGUUUUAGUUUACAAUACCCUGGCCUCCUUUUCAUGCAUCAGCCGUCAAAAAUAAAACAGGUAGAAAAGAAUAAAAUUUCAUAACCAUAAGUAUAUUACUAAAAACAUUUCUAAUUCAGAAUCCUUCAUUUUGCUCCACACAACACCAUACCCAUUACUGCUUGGGGUAUUGUGCUUUGUGCUGCAGUAAGAACACAUGGCUUUCUAAAUCAACUAGUUAAAGGUUAAUGUUCUUUGGCGUUGAGUGUUUUAUUUUAUUUUUCUUACAAUACAACCUCUGAUUAUUUUCAGUAUCAAUUUAGAAUCCAUAAACUGCAAAUGGUUUGAGAUUAUCGUAUGUUUGACAGCUGUGUACUUGAUGUAAAAUAAAUUAUGUCAUCAUUACUUUGUACAAA